AUGGAGGUGUAUUAUGGAAUCAACACUGAAACAGGGAUAAUACUAUCUGGUCAACCGAAAGACUAUAUCUUCAAACCUUCCCCAAAUUUGUCCACGACUUCCAAGCAAAGUGGAACGACUGGCAUCAAGCUAUCUCGGUUGGCUACCCUCACCGCACUCAGUCCCCAGAUCAUACCUCUCGUCGUCUACCAGUUGGCUCUUGACCAAAACGACAAGACGGCCUCCUGGGACCUGACAGCUCCUACCUACUUGACGUUCUCGAAAAUGAAAAUUCCCUUGGGCUGCAGAUCUUGCGCGCCUCCUUCGUCCGCAGCAGGGCGGUACGCAAUGCUCUCGCCGACUGGGCCGAAUACUGCGAGCGAGUUUCCCGCCACAGCUCGUCAAGCAUAUAUACCCAGUUAUGAGACCUUGGUCAACUUUGGGGAGAGUAUUAUCCUGCAUGUAAUGUUGCAAUUUGCGAACGAUAUCAAAGUCCAGAUUGAACCAAAUGCGGUUUCACGUGCGAGUGGUAUUGGCCGGUGUGUGCUGUUCUGGUAUGAGCUGCUUCAUGAGCUGGUGUGGGGCUGUAAGACGCGGGGGCAGACGUGGGUGUCUGAGGAUGUGUAUAAUCGGUGGGAGGGGUGGUUUCAGGGGGGAAGUGGUGGUGGAGGGGCGCCUAGGUAUCGUGGGGAGGGUGCUUGA